AAAAUGGAUUUAAUAGAAAUGGCGAAGGAAUUACAACAUCUGCUGAUGAUACAUGAUAAAGCUGUCAAACAUAUUCUAGACUUAGACAGUAAAGUAUGUGAUAUGAAUCAGCGAACCAUAACUCUAGUUGAUAACGAAAAAACAGGUCAAGCUUUACAGAUGAUGUUUCGAAAGACAUCAGUGGAAGGUCUUCGCGAAAUGUACAAACAAUAUCGAUUGAAGAAAUGGGAUGAAAUACAGAAACUAGCCAAAACGUUUAGAUAA